AUGAAUGCUCGCUUCUCUCUUCCACCUCCCUCACUCGUUUUGUUUGGGCAGCUUGAGAGCAACGGGAACGGGGCGGCAGCAGCCAACGGAGUAGCUUCAACUGCAGCAGCAGCAGCAGCAAGAUCGGGCGUUCCUGGAAGUUUCCAGAACAAGCCCAACCAGGCCCUUCCAACCGUCCGAUUCGUUUCAGGCCACGUGGAAAAGCUCUCCGCGUCGCUCCCUAUAGUCACACUCUCGUCAUUGGACCAGCCGUGUACAGUCAACCUAGAUGGGCUCACCCUGGUAGCGGUGGUGUCUCCUCCUGGCCAAUCAGGAGCGAGAGAAGGCAGGGAAGGAGGGAAGUUGGGGAAAGGGGUUAGGGAGGAAGGCGUGGGGGAGAGUGGAGUCAGUCUGAGAAAUAGUGGAGGUGAGAGAGGAGGAACUAACAAGGGGAGUGAGACGGAAGAGGAUGAGCAGGGAGAGGAGGAGGAGGAGGAAGAGGAGGAAGACGGGGAAGAGGAGGAAGAGGAGGAAGAAGAGGAGAGAGAGGAGGGUAUGGAGGGGAUGACAAAUGGGGGUUGGGGGAGCUUUCCGGGCUUCCAAGGGGGGAUACAGCUCGUAGCAGGGCUGGUAGAGAAGGUGUUGCAACGGUUACAAGUGUCUGUAACACAUGUACAGGUUCACAUCGUGCUUGACAACGGAACAACCCAGUUUGACCCAGCAGGAGCAGGGGCUUGUAAUGGAGGUGACUGUGACGGGAUUAGGUCUGGGGUAGGCGAUUGGAGUGACUGCAAGGGAGUUGUGUUUUGCCUGGAUGAAUUAGCAUAUGGCCCGGCAGCACAAGAAGAGCUAGGGCUUGGUUCGGCAGGUCCAGACGUUUGUAAUGAGGUGCAGGUGGGGAGAGAAGGGCAGGGAGGAGAGCGGAGAAGUGGGAACGGGUAUGGGGGAGGAAAGAACAGGAGAAGCGAUUCAGGUGGUUGGAGGAGGAGAGGGGAGGAGGAGAGAGGCGCAGCAGGUGUGGGGCGUGUAGGAGGUGUGGUGUGGAGUGGUGCUGGUGCCGAUGGUGGUUCGAAGGGAGGGGUGGCGCAUAUGGUGCUGGGAGGUGGGCCUAAGGAGGUGCGGUUUAGUGGGAGCAUGGAGAGCUCGAGCAUGGAGAGCGAGGGCUUGGGAUGGAGCCGGGACAGGGAGGGAGCUCCCCAGAAUGGAAGGGAUUUGGGAAUAAGAAGGGAUGGAAUGAGACAGGGGGAAGGGCCUGUGGUGGCUGUGGCUGUGCAGCUGUCGCCUGUGGUGAUUCAAGCGGAUGUGACUCUAGUGAAGGGCGUGCUUGAGGUGCUGGGGAGGCUUAGAGGGGAGGAAGGAGGGGAGGAGGGACGGGAGGAAGAGGAAGAAAGGGAAGAAGGAGAAGAGGAAAGGGUUGCGAGGGAGGAUGGGAGUGGUGAGGGUCUUGCAGUCAGAGGAGUGAGGAGUGUGAGGGGAGACGAGGGGGAUGAGGGGGAAGAGGCAGCAGCAUCAUCAUCAGCAAGAUCCAUGACUGAGUUCUUCGACUGCCUCGAUUCUGCCAUCUUCCUCUCCUCCUCCCUUUCCCCCUCGCUCCAUUCCUCCACAAAUUCAUCUGCACCAACCUCAUCUCUCCCCGCCUCUCCUCCUUCUCAUUCCCCUGCCGCUGCCGCUGCCGCCGCUGCUGCUGCUGCUGCUGCUGCUGCCACUGCCGCUGCUGCUGCCGCUGCCGCUGCAGCUGCCGCCACCACCGCCACCACUGCCGCUGCACCUACCAAUCUUCUCGAUUCCUUCUUCCCACGUGCUGAGCUUGCUGGUGCUGCAGAAAGUCCCGAUUUCCACCCUUCGUCCCCCUCCUCCUCAUCCGCACCUUCCUCCCUCUGGUCCUGGGCACAUGCAGCAGUCUCGGCAGUCUCUGCCACGUCAGCUCUGGCAGCUGGACUUCCACCUGCUGCUGCUGCAUCCUCCGCUGUCUCUGCAUCCCGAGCACUGGCAGCUGAGCCUUCUCAGCCCCUACUCUCUCUUUCCUUCAGUAUCCCCUGCAUAACCAUCUCCCUGACACACUCACCCAAGGGAAGCAGUGAUGGUGAAACUGCUGCUUUUCCUUCUUCUUCUAGAAUCUGUGUUGGUGGGGGUGGAAGAUCUGGGGCGCUGAUUUUGACAUUGGAGGGGCUACAAGCAUCACAGGAGCAUAUCUCCCUCUUUCUUCCAGCUCCUCAUUCCUCCCUCCUCUUCAUUCCUCCCUCCUCUUCAUCCCUCCCUCCUCUUCAUCCCUCCAGGUCUCUGCAGGCGAAUCUCAUCACCACAAAGAGCUGUUCAUUAGCAGCAGCACGCUUUCCUUCCAUCCCUCAUCCGUGUGUGGUGUGGGUGGAGCCACACUCCCUCGCCUUCAUAUCAAGCUUGAUUGCUGAGCUGGGCGACGUGCACUGUAACGGGGCUGACAAUACAGAGGAUGCCGGAGCGAAAAGACAAGCGGGACGAGGUGAGGGCGGGCGGGGAGUGACAGUGGGCGGCAACGGGGAGUUUGUGACUGCAGCUGCUGUGACUGAUAGAGAGAGGGAGGGGGAGGAGGAGCAGGAGAGAAUAGUAGUGGGAGCAGUGAGAGAGAGCGCUGGUGCUGAUGUGGCGGUCAGGGUGGGUGACGUGGCGCUGGCGAUGGACCCUGCUGACGUGGCAAUGGUCCACGAUACGCUGACGUGGAUCCAGAAGGCUGUGGAUCCUAGUUCUCCGACUUUGAAAGGAGAGAGGAGAGGGACGACUUUUGAGGCGCCUCAAGGGAUGACGAGAGUGGAGGCACAACCAUCACCACCAUCACCGCCAGUCCAUCAACCAGUGUUUUUUGACCUGGACGUGGGCCUCUUCCAAGCUGAGCUCUUGUUUGAGCCUCGACCGGACGCCAUUGGUCGGGGCAGCGGAGCUCCAGGGGGAAACCCGCUGGAGAGGGGAGAGGCAGGGGUGUGCCUGCUGCUGGUGCAGUGGCCAGGAAGGUGCCAGGAAGCUUCAGUCACGGCUGGAAGUUUGUCAGGUGGGGGGAAGAAAAGGGGGGUGGAGAGAGGAAAGGAGAGAGUGAGCCCGGGAGGGGAGGGUGGAGGUAAGGGGGUGAGGGGAAGUGAGGAGGGCAGAGAGAGUGAGGGAUUGGUGUAUGUGUGUGUGAGGGGAUUGACAGCAGAGUUGCCAGGUGGCAGGUGGGACUUUUUUCUUCCUCUCUCUACCCUGCUUCCUCCACAACAAAGGCCAGCUGUUGUUGCUGCCUCUGCUGCUUCUACUGCUGCUGGUUCCGCUGCUGCAGGGGAAAACGGGCGCUGUGAGGCGCCUCUUAGAGUAAGGGCUGUGGGUGUUGGUGGGAGUGACAAACUGGUAUCCGCUGUGUCAGGUGCUGUUGGUGGUUGUGAUCGUGGUAGCGAGCAAGGGGAUCUGUGGACUUUUGAGGCGACUCAAAAGUCAGAUCUGUGGAUCAACCCGGCGCGGCAGCAGAAGCAGCAGCAGCGGCGGGUGCAGCAGUUUGCGGGCCAGGGAGGGCCCUUGCAGGACAGCAUGCAGGUGCUGGGGCGGCUGGGGCAGCAGGUGCAGCUCGUGUUUCCCCCUGAUGCUCCCCUUGUUCCCCCUGGGGGGGUCACAAGCAGGGUGUACGGGGGAGGGGAGGACGUAGAGGGGCAGACAGGGCAGGGAGGGCAGGGAGGACAGCAGGUGCAGCUCGUGUUUCCCCCUGAUACGCCUGUCGUUCCGCCUGGGGGUGUCACAGGCAGAAUGUGUGGGGGAGGAGGGGUUGUAGAGGGGCAGACGGGGCAGGGAGGGCAGGGAGGGCAGGGAGGGCAGCAGGUGCAGCUCGUGUUUCCCCCUGAUGCGCCUGUUGUUCCCCCUGGGGGGGUGACCAGUAGGGUGUAUGGGGGAGGUGGGGUUGCAGGGGGGCAUGUAGGGCAGAGAGGGGAGGGAAGGGAGGGAGGGGAGGGAGGGCAGGGAGGGGAGAGAGGAGAGGGAGGGCAGAAAAAAGGUGCUGAUGCUGCGGCUGAUGCUGCUGCUGCUCCUCCUGCCGCUGCUGCUUCUGCUGCCACUGCUGCUGCCGCUGCUGCUGCUGCUGUUGAGGGAAGGGAUGCGAUCGGUAGUAACGGGUGGAAGAUUGGCAUUGAUGCUGGGCUGAGGCUUAUUGAGGAGGAGGCAGGGGGGUGGGUGGAUGUGAUAGUACCGGAGCAAUCAGGAGGAGAAAUUGGAAGCGAGGUUGACUAUAAUGAAGGAUGGACCUGGAUGGAAGUGGAGAGCGGCGGGGAGAAGCAUGCGGCGGGAUAUAGUCACAUUCAGAAAGACCACGUUCCCUUGGUCCCCCCCUCGUCUCUCCAAAACAUUCCCUCCUGCUGCUCUUCCUCCUCCUCUCUCCCUAGUGCCACGCACAGUGCCCCCUCCUCCUCUCCCUCUCCCUCCUCUCCCUCCCAUUCCUCUCCCUCCCCCUCUUCUCCUCCCCCCUCUGCUCCCUUCACCUCUCGACCCAGCCAUAAGCCCUCCUCUCUCCCAGCCUCCUAUCCCCCCUCUGAGGCCCGGAUCCUUCUCAGAAACUGCUCGCUCGUCUGCAGAUUGAGCUCUGGCCGGCAUUUCUUGUCAAGUAGUGCUGCUGUUAACAGUGGUUUGUGUGUUGGCCUUUGUGCUGCCCCUGGUGCUACUGGUACUGCGGGUGCUGGUGCUGGUGCUGGUGGGGCUGAGUCAGCAUGGGCAGCUGCUGAGUCAGCAUCGGCUGCCGCUGAGUCAGCAGCAAGGCUCAGAUUGGAGGGUCCGUGUAUGGAGGUGAUAUUGAGAGGAGUGGACGUUCAAAUAGACAAGCUCUCAGUGGCUCUGCUGCCAAUCCGCCUCCGCAUUGACCAGAACCACAUCGAAUUCCUCUCACGCUUCACUCCCUCUCUGCUUUACUUCCUUAGCUCCCUCUCGUUCUUCCCUGCUCUGCAGGCUCUCAGUGGCUCUGCUGCCAAUCCGCCUGCGCAUGGACCAGAACCACAUCGAAUUCCUCUCAAGCUUCACUCCCUCUCUGCUUUACUUCCUUUGCUCCCUCUCGUUCUUCCCUGCUCUGCAGGCUCUCAGUGGCUCUGCUGCCAAUCCGCCUGCGCAUGGACUAGAACCACAUCGAAUUCCUCUCACGCUUCACUCCCUCUCUGCUUUACUUCCUUUGCUCCCUCUCGUUCUUCCCUGCUCUGCAGGCUCUCAGUGGCUCUGCUGCCAAUCCGCCUGCGCAUGGACCAGAACCACAUCGAAUUCCUCUCACGCUUCACUCCCUCUCUGCUUUACUUCCUUUGCUCCCUCUCGUUCUUCCCUGCUCUGCAGGCUCUCAGUGGCUCUGCUGCCAAUCCGCCUGCGCAUGGACCAGAACCACAUCGAAUUCCUCUCACGCUUCACUCCCUCUCUGCUUUACUUCCUUUGCUCCCUCUCGUUCUUCCCUGCUAUGCAGGCUCUCAGUGGCUCUGCUGCCAAUCCGCCUGCGCAUGGACUAGAACCACAUCGAAUUCCUCUCACGCUUCACUCCCUCUCUGCUUUACUUCCUUUGCUCCCUCUCGUUCUUCCCUGCUCUGCAGGCUCUCAGUGGCUCUGCUGCCAAUCCGCCUGCGCAUGGACCAGAACCACAUCGAAUUCCUCUCACGCUUCACUCCCUCUCUGCUUUACUUCCUUUGCUCCCUCUCGUUCUUCCCUGCUCUGCAGGCUCUCAGUGGCUCUGCUGCCAAUCCGCCUGCGCAUGGACCAGAACCACAUCGAAUUCCUCUCACGCUUCACUCCCUCUCUGCUUUACUUCCUUUGCUCCCUCUCGUUCUUCCCUGCUCUGCAGGCUCUCAGUGGCUCUGCUGCCAAUCCGCCUGCGCAUGGACCAGAACCACAUCGAAUUCCUCUCACUCUUCACUCCCUCUCUGCUUUACUUCCUUUGCUCCCUCUCGUUCUUCCCUGCUCUGCAGGCUCUCAGUGGCUCUGCUGCCAAUCCGCCUGCGCAUGGACCAGAACCACAUCGAAUUCCUCUCACGCUUCACUCCCUCUCUGCUUUACUUCCUUUGCUCCCUCUCGUUCUUCCCUGCUCUGCAGGCUCUCACUCCCUCUCGUUCUUCCCUGCUCUGCAGGCUCUCAGUGGCUCUGCUGCCAAUCCGCCUCCGCAUUGACCAGAACCACAUCGAAUUCCUCUCACGCUUCACUCCCUCUCUGCUUUACUUCCUUAGCUCCCUCUCGUUCUUCCCUGCUCUGCAGGCUCUCAGUGGCUCUGCUGCCAAUCCGCCUGCGCAUGGACCAGAACCACAUCGAAUUCCUCUCAAGCUUCACUCCCUCUCUGCUUUACUUCCUUUGCUCCCUCUCGUUCUUCCCUGCUCUGCAGGCUCUCAGUGGCUCUGCUGCCAAUCCGCCUGCGCAUGGACUAGAACCACAUCGAAUUCCUCUCACGCUUCACUCCCUCUCUGCUUUACUUCCUUUGCUCCCUCUCGUUCUUCCCUGCUCUGCAGGCUCUCAGUGGCUCUGCUGCCAAUCCGCCUGCGCAUGGACCAGAACCACAUCGAAUUCCUCUCACGCUUCACUCCCUCUCUGCUUUACUUCCUUUGCUCCCUCUCGUUCUUCCCUGCUCUGCAGGCUCUCAGUGGCUCUGCUGCCAAUCCGCCUGCGCAUGGACCAGAACCACAUCGAAUUCCUCUCAAGCUUCACUCCCUCUCUGCUUUACUUCCUUUGCUCCCUCUCGUUCUUCCCUGCUAUGCAGGCUCUCAGUGGCUCUGCUGCCAAUCCGCCUGCGCAUGGACUAGAACCACAUCGAAUUCCUCUCACGCUUCACUCCCUCUCUGCUUUACUUCCUUUGCUCCCUCUCGUUCUUCCCUGCUCUGCAGGCUCUCAGUGGCUCUGCUGCCAAUCCGCCUGCGCAUGGACCAGAACCACAUCGAAUUCCUCUCACGCUUCACUCCCUCUCUGCUUUACUUCCUUUGCUCCCUCUCGUUCUUCCCUGCUCUGCAGGCUCUCAGUGGCUCUGCUGCCAAUCCGCCUGCGCAUGGACCAGAACCACAUCGAAUUCCUCUCACGCUUCACUCCCUCUCUGCUUUACUUCCUUUGCUCCCUCUCGUUCUUCCCUGCUCUGCAGGCUCUCAGUGGCUCUGCUGCCAAUCCGCCUGCGCAUGGACCAGAACCACAUCGAAUUCCUCUCACUCUUCACUCCCUCUCUGCUUUACUUCCUUUGCUCCCUCUCGUUCUUCCCUGCUCUGCAGGCUCUCAGUGGCUCUGCUGCCAAUCCGCCUGCGCAUGGACCAGAACCACAUCGAAUUCCUCUCACGCUUCACUCCCUCUCUGCUUUACUUCCUUUGCUCCCUCUCGUUCUUCCCUGCUCUGCAGGCUCUCAGUGGCUCUGCUGCCAAUCCGCCUGCGCAUGGAUCAGAACCACAUCGAAUUCCUCUCACGCUUCACUCCCUCUCUGCUUUACUUCCUUUGCUCCCUCUCGUUCUUCCCUGCUCUGCAGGCUCUCAGUGGCUCUGCUGCCAAUCCGCCUGCGCAUGGACCAGAACCACAUCGAAUUCCUCUCACGCUUCACUCCCUCUCUUCUUUACUUCCUUUGCUCCCUCUCGUUCUUCCCUGCUCUGCAGGCUCUCAGUGGCUCUGCUGCCAAUCCGCCUGCGCAUGGACCAGAACCACAUCGAAUUCCUCUCACGCUUCACUCCCUCUCUGCUUUACUUCCUUUGCUCCCUCUCGUUCUUCCCUGCUCUGCAGGCUCUCAGUGGCUCUGCUGCCAAUCCGCCUGCGCAUGGACCAGAACCACAUCGAAUUCCUCUCACGCUUCACUCCCUCUCUGCUUUACUUCCUUUGCUCCCUCUCGUUCUUCCCUGCUCUGCAGGCUCUCAGUGGCUCUGCUGCCAAUCCGCCUGCGCAUGGACCAGAACCACAUCGAAUUCCUCUCACGCUUCACUCCCUCUCUGCUUUACUUCCUUUGCUCCCUCUCGUUCUUCCCUGCUCUGCAGGCUCUCAGUGGCUCUGCUGCCAAUCCGCCUGCGCAUGGACCAGAACCACAUCGAAUUCCUCUCAAGCUUCACUCCCUCUCUGCUUUACUUCCUUUGCUCCCUCUCGUUCUUCCCUGCUAUGCAGGCUCUCAGUGGCUCUGCUGCCAAUCCGCCUGCGCAUGGACUAGAACCACAUCGAAUUCCUCUCACGCUUCACUCCCUCUCUGCUUUACUUCCUUUGCUCCCUCUCGUUCUUCCCUGCUCUGCAGGCUCUCAGUGGCUCUGCUGCCAAUCCGCCUGCGCAUGGACCAGAACCACAUCGAAUUCCUCUCACGCUUCACUCCCUCUCUGCUUUACUUCCUUUGCUCCCUCUCGUUCUUCCCUGCUCUGCAGGCUCUCAGUGGCUCUGCUGCCAAUCCGCCUGCGCAUGGACCAGAACCACAUCGAAUUCCUCUCACGCUUCACUCCCUCUCUGCUUUACUUCCUUUGCUCCCUCUCGUUCUUCCCUGCUCUGCAGGCUCUCAGUGGCUCUGCUGCCAAUCCGCCUGCGCAUGGACCAGAACCACAUCGAAUUCCUCUCACGCUUCACUCCCUCUCUGCUUUACUUCCUUUGCUCCCUCUCGUUCUUCCCUGCUCUGCAGGCUCUCAGUGGCUCUGCUGCCAAUCCGCCUCCGCAUUGACCAGAACCACAUCGAAUUCCUCUCACGCUUCACUCCCUCUCUGCUUUACUUCCUUUGCUCCCUCUCGUUCUUCCCUGCUCUGCAGGCUCUCAGUGGCUCUGCUGCCAAUCCGCCUGCGCAUGGAUCAGAACCACAUCGAAUUCCUCUCACGCUUCACUCCCUCUCUGCUUUACUUCCUUUGCUCCCUCUCGUUCUUCCCUGCUCUGCAGGCUCUCAGUGGCUCUGCUGCCAAUCCGCCUGCGCAUGGACCAGAACCACAUCGAAUUCCUCUCACGCUUCACUCCCUCUCUUCUUUACUUCCUUUGCUCCCUCUCGUUCUUCCCUGCUCUGCAGGCUCUCAGUGGCUCUGCUGCCAAUCCGCCUGCGCAUGGACCAGAACCACAUCGAAUUCCUCUCACGCUUCACUCCCUCUCUGCUUUACUUCCUUUGCUCCCUCUCGUUCUUCCCUGCUCUGCAGGCUCUCAGUGGCUCUGCUGCCAAUCCGCCUGCGCAUGGACCAGAACCACAUCGAAUUCCUCUCACGCUUCACUCCCUCUCUGCUUUACUUCCUUUGCUCCCUCUCGUUCUUCCCUGCUCUGCAGGCUCUCAGUGGCUCUGCUGCCAAUCCGCCUGCGCAUGGACCAGAACCACAUCGAGUUCCUCUCACGCUUCUUCUCUACAGCCGGUUUCCUCUUUCAGCUCCAUUUGCAUUCUUUUUCACCUCCUCCCACCCCAUUCCCCACACUCGCCACCUGCCAGCCAGGUUCUUGAUCGACUACGUCCCUCGACGUCUAGACCUCUCAGCUUGCAAAAGGCAAUCAUAUAGAAUUUAUAUUUCUUCUCCCCGCCUCUGCCCGUCCCCCCUCAUUCUCCAGGUGUGUGAGAUUCGGGCCUUCUCGGUUUUGAUCGACUAUGUGCCCCGUCGCUUGGACCUAUCAGCUCUUUCUGCUGGCAACUACGCUCACCUGCUCAACCUCAUCUCAUGGAAGGGCGUUGAGAUUGACUCCGCUGAGGCGAGAGUGGUGGGCGUGCAGGGGUGGGACGGGGGUGUUGAAAUCGAUUUCACGAAAGCCAGGGUGGUGGGCGUGCAGGGGUGGGACGGGCUAGGGGGAGCGCUCAUCAGCCAAUGGGCGGAGGACAUCUGUCGCCGCCAGCUGCAUCGGGUGGUGAAGGCGGCUGGGCCUGUCAGCCCCCUGUGGGCCCUAGGUGCUGCUUCUAUACAGCUGGUGCUGCUGCCGGUUCAGGAGUACAGGCAGAACAAGAGGCUGAUGCGAGGGGUGAAGAGAGGUGCCAUCUUUUUCCUUCAAUCGCUCUCUCAUGAGCUGCUGGGCAUGGGGGUGACAGUGGCAGCCGGCACACACCACCUGCUGCACGCAGCAGAGCUCGCCCUCGCUGCUACAAAUGCCGCUACAACCGCUACAGCUGGCCCUGCUGCUCCUGCUACAGCCGCUACAGCCAGUCCCCGUCUUCCUCUUACAAGCUCCUCCUCCACAUCCCACCAUAUCACUCCCUCCUCUUCCACUCCAUCUGCAGCCCGUUCUUUCUCUUCCCCCUCUUCUUCCUCCUGUUCACUCGCUUUCUCCUCAUCCUCCUCGUCACCAUCCGCCCGUGCAAGAAGCAGCAGCCGCGAUAAGGCGCCUUGCGAUUGGCGGGAGCUUGGGGAGCAUGGAAGCUUCGAGGAAGGCUCACACUGGGUCACUGUGUUUGCUGACAGUGGCAGCGGCAGCAGCAGCAGCGGCGGUGGCGGUGGCUGUGGCAGCAGCAGCGGUAUUGGCGGUGGCUUUGGCAGUGGUAUUGGUAGUGGCAGUGGGUGUUCUUCUGUAGGAGCCUUGGCAGCAGCUCAAGAGGUGCUGAACCGUAGUGUGGAAAGAAGCCUGUCCUCGUUAUUAGGUGCUCCGCUAAGGAAAUGGAGGCGAGGGGACGGAAUGCCUGCAGUGGCAGCGGCGGUGGUGAAAGGCAUCCCAGCAGCAGCCAUGGCUUCUGUGGUUGGGGCGGCUGAAGCUCUAGAGGAAACACUUCGUGGAGUGAAACGCACGAUUGCGCCAAGGAAGUAG